UGAACCUUCCCUUACACUUACCAUCCAAUUUGAUAUUUCCACUUUCUUUGUUCUGCUCAACUCCGUUCUGGUGCUCCGCAGUGAUGGAAAAGCAAUGAGGAACCAGCUCCCUCUCCUCCCGGCAUGCCUCCCUCGCCAUCAGCCUCCUCCGUGUCUUCCGGCUGCUUCGACGCCGACGAGCUCGCCGGAUUCCACGACGACUCUGCCGGCUCCCUCGCCGUCUUCGUAGAUGGCGAGUCGGAGGCUGAGGGGGAGGCCGAUUCGGCCCGGCUCGCCUCCAACUUGCUCGACCCCGCCGCCCGCCGCGCCGUCGUCAAAUGGAUCCUCAAGGUUCGUGCUUAUUAUCAGUUCCGCCCACUGACGGCGUACCUCGCCGUUAUCUACUUGAAUCGUUUCCUCUCCUCUCAUCGCCUGCAGCAAAAUGGAUGGGCACUGCAGCUCUUAUCAGUGGCCUGCCUCUCCCUUGCUGUGAAAAUGGAGGAAACACUAGCCCCAACCCUCUUGGACCUCCAGGUUGAGGGCGCAAAGUUCAUAUUCAAGCCUCAUACUGUGCUUCGCAUGGAGCUUCUUGUGCUCACUGGUUUAGAUUGGAGGCUUCGAGCCGUGACUCCUUUCAGUUUUACUAGUUUCUUUGCUUUCAAGAUCGAUCCAUCGGGUAAACGAGCAGAAGCCUUGGUUUCAAAGGCUACACAAUUCAUAUUAUCCGCAAUGCAGGAGAUUGACAUUACAAGUCAUUCCCCAUCGGCGCUUGCUGCGUCUGCGACAAUCUUUGCUGUCGAGGAGAUUCAUGAUCUUGCCAUUGUUACUCCUACAAUCGCAGCAUCCUGGUGCCCUGGGCUGACAGAGGAGAGAAUUUCAAAUUGCAACCGAAUGCUGCAACGAGUUGUUGAUGAAAGACGUCUCAGAAAGUCCCCAAUUAUUCUUUCACAGCACAGAGUGACUAGUUCGGCUAGAAGGGACUCAGGAACCUCAUCUCUGCCAACCAAGAAAAGGAAGCACAACAGCCACAGUUGCGAUUGAGCCUUAUCUCGUUGGCUUUUCAGAUUCUUUAGUAUUUUAUACACGAGUUUGGUGUGAUUCCACUUAGUGUUAUGAUUUUUGGUCCUUGAAGUUGUUUCAUUUGAGGGCCUUUGUUGUUGUAGUAGUAAGCCAUGAUGGCAUAGAGUCACAGAUCUCCGAGGGAUGGAAAUUCUGCCAUUAUUUUGUGUGGAAGAGAUGUGUCUGUCUCCAAUGGUAGCAUUGAUUGUUAAAAGGAAUGGAGUGAUCCGGUGGGUCUUGUUGGUGUUGUGGUAAAAGCAGUAGAAGUUUAACAUUCGACUGAUAACAGAUUCUAGAUCUCACAGUGUUCCUUCUGAUCUGCUCAGCCAUUGAUGAGAGCUUUCUUUUUGUUGGUUUGUUUAGGUGUUCUAAGUCUAGCAGUGUGAAUUGUGACUCUCAUUGAGGGUGUUUCAAAAGGUAUAUGUAUUCUGAAAAUUUUGUAAUACCCAAAAAUAAAAAUAAAUUUUUUGAUA